GGUCGCAGCUCUGUGUCACUCUCUGGUGCUGAGGAGCCCCAGAAACACACCGGAGGAGGCAAGAGAAACAACUAAACGCAGAUUACCGAUAUUCAAUAUUUUAUCUCCUGUUUUUGAGGCUUCAUUUUCUCAGCAGCAACAUGUUUUCAAUGUGUCCAAAAACGUUGCUGUUGCUUCUGGUCGGAGCCUGUGCUGCCUCGGCUGCAGCCAACAGCGAUCAUUUAACGGAGGACCUUUUGAGGACCUUUUCCGUCUUCAACCCUUUAGCCACAGAUGAACCGAUAGAUAUGGAUGACUAUGGUGAAGGUGGUGAUGUCCAACUCAAUGGCUCUAGAAGAGUUUGGAUGCCUAAUAUCAAUGUCUCCAAGGAGAUCUCAGAGGAGGCGCUGCUGUUUCUAACGGGCCCCGUGUCCACCAUCCUAAUCCCGUCCUUUUACAUGCUGGUCUGCCUCAUCAGCGUUCCCAUCAACAUCUGUGCGGUGCUGGCCUUCGCUCGGAGGAUCCGCCCUAAGAAACCGGCAGCCAUCUACAUGCUGAACCUGGCCUGUGCUGACCUGCUCUUCGCCGUGCUGCUCCCCUUCAAGAUCUCCUACCACUUCGGUGGCAACAACUGGAUAUUCGGCGGGCUCAUGUGCCGUGUGGUCACUGCAGCGUUUUACUGGAACAUGUAUUGCUCUGUUCUCCUCAUAGCUUGCAUCAGCGUGGACCGGCUGAUCGCUGUAGUCUAUCCCAUCGACUCCCUGUCUUGGAGAAGGCCGAGGAAUGCAAACUUAGCCUGUGUCUGCAUGUGGAUACUGUCCCUGGCUGGAUCUGUGCCACUCGUCCUCUCCGACCAGACCUAUCACCUCAGAGAGUUGGACAUCACCACCUGCCAUGAUGUCCAACGCGUCGAUGAGCUCAUCGGGCACUACAAGAUCUACUUCAUCACCCUCUGCUGCGUCCUCUUCUUCCUGCCUCUGCUCAUCACCGUGGUGUCCUAUGCUUGGGUGAUCUGGGCGCUGAGCAGAGUCCCGCGCGGGGCUCCAGGACGCUCACGCAGAAGAUCAAGAGCAGUGGUGAUGGCUUUAACCGUGCUGGUGAUGUUUGUGCUGUGCUUCACCCCCACAAACUGUCUUCUGUUGGCGCACUACCUGCAGUUUAACGAGGGUGUCGAAAGCCAGGAGGCCCCCGAUGGCUCCUACGCAGUCUAUCUGGUGUUUUUGUGUCUCGGGAGUCUCAACUGCCUCCUGGAUCCUAUGGUCUACUACUUUGGAUCAUCCCAAUGCCAGCGACAACUUUCCAGCGCGCUAAGGUGUCAGAAGAUCACAGAGGGCAGCAGCAGCAGCAGUCAGUCUUCAUCCAAUUCAUGCAGAUCCAGCUCCAGAACAAUUCUCAAAUCCAGCUGUGCAGACAGCUCCAAAAUAAGCACUCAGAGCACCAACAUGGACUCUUUCCAAGCGAACCUCCACAGCCAAUACAAGAAGCUGCUCCACAGUCAUGUGAUAGUGGAUGGCAGUAAAGACAUCGACAUACAGAGCCACACCUGCGGACACUACUCCCUUCUAUUUUUUGCAGUCAUGGCUGUUAGCACGCAAUGUUUUCACCUGUUCCUCCUUUUGUGCUGCCUGCAGACCUGCCUUUCAGAGAAAGACGAAAGAGGCUUCGGUGGUACAGAGACCAACGACGGGGUGUGGGUCAGCCCCCAAGCCCGAAAAGCCUUGAGCAGCAACCUCACCACGGUCUUCCUCCCCAUCAUCUACAUCAUCGUGUUUGCUGUGGGGCUGCCCACCAACGCCUUGGCAAUCUGGGUGUUCCUCUUCCGGACCAAGACAAAGCACCCGUCCUCCAUCUACAUGGCCAACCUGGCUGUGUCUGACCUGCUCUUCAUCAUCUGGGUCCCCCUAAAGAUAGCGUACCACUUCAACAGCAACAACUGGAUCUACGGAGAAGGGUUGUGCAAAGUGAUGGUGGCCUUUUUCUACGGCAACAUGUACUGCUCCAUCGCCUUCAUCGCCUGUAUCAGUGUUCAGCGUUACUGGGCCGUGGUCCACCCGCUGUCCCAUCACCAGAAGGACAACCGUCUAGCCAUCGGCAUCUCCGUCACCAUCUGGUUGUUGGUGUGGCUCAUCACCAUCCCUCUGUACCUGUACGACCAAGAGGUGCGUGUCAGCAACCUCGAUAUCUACACCUGCCAUGACGUCACCAGGCCCAGUCAGAAGAAAAUCGCUGCAGGCUACUUCCUGACAAUGGGAACUCUUGGAUUUGUCGCUCCCACCAUCGUGAUCAUCAUAUCCUACGUCCUGAUUCUCAGGGCUUUGAGGAACAGCAUGGCAGACCCUGCCAUCGCCAAGAAGCGCAGGAAGGCUGUGGUGUUGAUCAUCACAGUGCUGGUGAUGUUUUUAGUGUGCUUCACCCCCAGUAACAUCAUGCUGCUGGUGCACUACAUUCUCCUGUUGGGAGAGGCUAACAACAACCUGUACGGGUUUUACAUCACCACGCUGUGCUUGGCGAGUCUCAACAGCUGCUUCGACCCUUUUAUUUAUUACUUCAUCUCAGAGGACUUCAGAGACCAUGUGAAGAACACGUUCCUCUGCAGGAGUGAGAGGACAGUGGAGAGGAUGAGGGUCUCCUUUAGUGCCCUCAAAUACUCCAAGAAGAACAACACUUUCACGUCUAGUUCAGGGAACAAUCCGACUCAGAGCACCGAGUGCUAG